UCGAAACGCACGUGCUGACCGCGAGACCGACCGCGCGCGCCGAACAGUGCAGCAUAUCGCCCUGUGAAAAAGUGAGUUGAACGUCGGCGCUCUCCUCCGAUCGACACAGGAACAGACUAUUCGAAAAAGUGUUGCGUGUCCGUUGAAUCGGAGUGAAAGAAUCGGGAUAAGAAACAGAGACGAGUUUCGACGUGUGAAAAGCCGAGGACAGUCGAGGAGAAGAGAGAGAAAAUCGAACAUAUAUAUAUAUAUAUAUAUAUAUAUAUAUAGUCCGCACUUGUCCGUCUCCUGCGUCUUCUUCUUUCUCAUCGUCAUCGUCUACCUGGAAAUGGCACUAGGUGCACAAAUCGAGACGUCGGAGACCGGCGGAGACAACGCGAAGAUUCCUCUGCUGAGCAGCGAUCAGGAACACGAAACUACCAAGGAGACGAUCGAGGUGAAAAAGGAGGCAGAAGAGAGCGGUAGCACGAGUACGGCUGCGGAGAACGUCGUCGAGAAGGGAGAAGUCGAGGCAACUAAGGAGGGUGAGAAGGAGAAGGACAAUAAGAAUAGCGACCAGAAUGAGAAGGAGACGACGGACACCGACAAGGAAAAAGAUGCCACGAAUGAGCAGGAGGUCGUCUUCAUUCAGGACAUGGGUUUUACCGUCAAGAUCGUCAGCCCUGGUUCCGAGCCCUUCGACAUUCAGGUGUCGAGCAUGGAGCUUGUGCAGGAAAUUCACCAACUGCUCAUGGAUCGCGAGGACACGUGCCAUCGUACGUGCUUCUCAUUGCAAAUGGACGGCAACACGCUGGACAAUUUCGCCGAGCUGAAAAACAUCGAGGGCCUAAAAGACGGCUCGAUCAUCAAAGUGGUGGAGGAACCGUACACGAUGCGAGAGGCGCGCAUACACGUGCGACACGUGCGUGACUUGCUCAAGUCCGUUGAUCCAGCGGACGCUUACAACGGCGUGGAGUGUAGCAGCCUGUCGUUCCUCAACAUAGUCACGAACGGCGAUAUCCUGGAGAAAAAGAAGACCCGGGCGGACUCUGUUGAUUGCACACCACCGGAUUACAUUAUACCCGGCUGCAAGGACAGGCCGCUGCUACCGUUGCAGCCACAGGCGAAGGAGCAGAAGUGUCCGCCGUGCCUAAAAGUUCUAACGACAUCAGGAUGGAAUCCACCACCCGGUCACAGAAAGCUUCACGGCGAUUUGAUAUAUCUGCAUGUAGUCACCUUAGAAGAUAAACAGUAUUACCUGACUGCGUGUGCUCGAGGUUUUUUCGUCAAUCAAUCUACCAAGGAGGUGUUUAAUCCGAAGCCGGCGACGCCGAGCCACUUGUGUCACAGUCUGAUCGAGCUGCUGAACCAAUUGAGCCCAGCGUUCAAGCGAGGAUUCGCCGCGAUGCAACGACGCAGGACUCAGAGGCAUCCUUUCGAACGAGUAGCUACGCCUUAUCAACUUUACGCCUGGAGCGCGCCGCAAAUCGAGCACACUAUCGAUGCUAUUCGCGCGGAAGACAUGUUCUCCUCGAAGCUGGGAUACGAAGAACACAUCCCAGGACAAACUCGCGAUUGGAACGAGGAGUUGCAGACCACGAGGGAGCUGCCGCGUAAAAAUCUUCCUGAGAGAUUGCUGCGAGAGCGUGCUAUUUUCAAGGUCCACAGCGACUUUGUGGCUGCUGCAACUCGCGGAGCGGUGGCCGUGAUCGACGGCAACGUGAUGGCGAUCAAUCCCGGCGAAGAAGCUAAGAUGCAGAUGUUCAUCUGGAACAACAUCUUCUUCUCGCUCGGCUUCGACGUGCGAGAUCACUACAAGGAGUUAGGCGGCGACGCAGCGGCUUUCGUUGCGCCUCGCAACGAUCUACAGGGUGUUCGAGUCUACGCAGCUGUGGAUCUACCUGGUCUCUACACUCUCGGCACCGUCGUCAUCGAUUACAGGGGCUACCGCGUCACCGCUCAAUCCAUCAUACCGGGUAUACUAGAGCGCGAACAAGAGCAGUCAGUAGUUUACGGGUCGAUCGACUUUGGGAAGACUGUACUCACACAUCCUAAAUAUCUCGAAUUGUUGAACAAGGCCGGUCAGCAGCUGAAGAUCCUCCCGCACAAGGUGAUCAACGACGCCGGUGAAGAAGUGGAACUCUGCAGCAGUGUGGAGUGCAAGGGAAUAAUCGGCAACGACUCGCGGCAUUACGUGCUGGAUCUGUUGAGAACCUUCCCACCGGAUGUAAAUUUCCUCAAACUGGAAGGUGUAGAGCUGAGCAAGGAAGCGCGUGCCCUCGGGUUCCCCAUCGAGCACAAGCAUAGAUUGGCCUGCCUGCGUCAAGAACUGAUAGAUUCGUUCGUCGAGGCACGAUACGUUCAGUUCAUCAAGCACGCGGCCGUUCAUUUGCAGCAGCUCACAUCGGCAAGAAGGUCUCAAAAAGAGAAGGAAGUAACUGUCAAGGAGGACAAGAAGGAGGAUCCGGUUACCACGGUGGCAACAGUUGACAGUAACAAGGAAGAUUGCACCCAAUCACUGAUAGAGGCUGAUGAGGCCAAGAAGAUCGUCGAAAGCAUUACUGACUCGAUCACAGGCGGUGAAAAGCAGGAACUGGAGGAAAGCACGAAAGAAGUUGUGCGCAAGGCUGCAGCAGCAGUGGGCAGUUUGCGCGACGCUGAAUUCGAUGUACGAUUCAAUCCGGAUGUGUACUCGCCAGGUGUCAAGCAUCCUGAUCCUAAUGGUGUCGACCUGAAGAAACAAAAGCAAUUAGUAAAGGAUGCUGCUGAUUUCUUGCUCACUGUGCAGUUGCCGACGUUCAUUCGAGAAUGUCUGGACCAUACGGCUGCAUCGAUGGACGGCGGCACGUUGGUGGAAGCUCUUCACGGUAGAGGCAUCAACGUUCGGUAUCUCGGCAAAUUAGCUGCUAUGCUGGCCGCGGUACCACAGUUGCAGUAUCUUAAUUACAUUGCUGUGUCGGAGCUGAUACUUCGAUCGGCUAAGCACAUUUUCACCUCUUAUAUGCAGGGUACGGAGCUGAUGAGUUUGUCGGCGGCUAUCAGUCAUUUUCUGAAUUGUUUACUGUCUUCGGCGCAGAUUAUACAUCCGCAACAAAAUUUAGAAGAGCUUCAAAGCAAGACUGCCAAGCGUCGCAACAAGCGCAAAGGUAGGAACAACGGACCGCAUCAGUCCGAGGUUGAGUGGGCGUCCUUGACACCUAAGUCACUGUGGCAGCAAAUCAAAGGCGACCUGAAGGCCUACUACGACUGGGAAACGCCGUGUCCGGAGUCUUUAGACGCCACGAUAGAGCACUUCCAUCUACAGAAGAUCUCGUUGUUGCGCGGCUUCUGCGUCAAGACUGGCAUUCAGAUAUUGCUGCGCGAAUAUAACUUCGAGAAUAAAAACCGGGCGACCUUCUUCGAAGAGGAUAUACUGAAUAUCUUCCCCGUCGUCAAGCAUAUUAAUCCUAGGGCCAGCGACGCGUACAACUUUUACACUACUGGUCAGAGUAAGAUUCAGCAAGGAUACCUGAAGGAUGGAUACGAACUAAUCAGUGAGGCACUGAACCUUCUCAACAAUGUAUACGGUGCUAUGCACCCGGAGAUUGCGCAAUGUCUGAGGAUGUUGGCGCGUCUGAAUUACAUAAUGGGCGAUCACGCGGAGGCGCUUGCCACUCAACAGAAAGCUGUUCUCAUGUCGGAGAGAGUCAACGGCAUCGAUCAUCCGUACACUAUUACGGAAUACAUACAUCUCGCCCUGUACUCAUUCGCCAACGGUCAGGUAUCCGUAUCGCUGAGAUUAUUGUAUAGAGCGCGUUAUCUAGCUCUCUUGGUAUGCGGCGAAGAUCAUCCGGAAGUAGCUCUGCUCGACAGUAAUAUUUCGCUGAUUCUGCACGCCGUGGGCGAAUACGAGUUGUCCCUGCGCUUCUUGGAGCACGCGUUGUCGCUGAAUCUACGUUAUCAUGGCGCGCGUUCGCUGAAAGUAGCGAUGUCGUAUCAUCUGGUGGCGCGCACGCAGUCGUGCAUGGGUGACUUCCGUGCGGCGCUGAACAACGAGAAGGAGACGUAUGCGAUUUACAAGCAGCAGCUGGGUGAGGAGCACGAGAAGACGAAGGAGAGCAGCGACUGCCUGCGUCACCUGACGCAGCAAGCGGUCGUGCUGCAAAAGAAGAUGAACGAGAUCUACACGGGCAAGUCGGGCGUGAGCCUGCCGCCUAUCCAAGUGCAACCGCCGAGCAUGGGCUCCGUGCUGGACAUGCUGAACGUCAUCAACGGCAUUCUCUUCGUGCAGAUCAGCCAGCAGGACAUCGACAACUUCAAGGCGGAGAUCGAGAAGCGGCAGAAGGAGCAGUCGCCCGUUGCGGACGGCGGCAGUAGUAGCGAAGCCGUCACCAAGACAGCCGAGAACAGUUGCAAGAAAAACGACAAGGAGACGAAGAUGUUGAACGGUGUGACGGAGGUGAAGGUCGAGCCGAAGAAGCUGGAGCCGGAUGAAGCGGCGGCGGCGGUAUUGGAAGCGAUCGUGACGGCGGAGAGCUGAGUCCUUGGCUCCUCCGCCAUCGCGAACGACGAACGAAUGCUAGUAGUCUUUCCUUUCUCUUUUUUCUAAGCCCUAGUCCUCCCCGAUGUACCGUGCGUGCGCGCAACGUUUUCGUCCCGAAGACUACGACGAUGACAACCUCGAGCGCGUGAAAUCGAGGGCCGUCGCGUACAUUUGGUUAUUUGUACCGUUUCAUUGUGCUGUCGGAAGGUCGGUUCAUGCACCUGCAUCGGUGACGCAUUCGAACGCAUACUCGCAGUUUUCUCACACUCGUGCAAAGAAGACCGACACUGUGCAUAAAUCGAUCUUAGGUUAGUCGAUCAGGCUACAAGAACGAGACUGUUACGAGAUAAAAGACACGACGACGUCCAUCGUCGUUGAUGUGUUUGUUAAUGAAGGAAAAAGAGGCAACGUGUACACAUUCGUCGAGCUCGCGAAACGCACACACUCGUUUAUUAUAUGUGUACAUAAUGAAAUGGAGUGCCAUGUCGUCCGGGAAUCAUUCGACGCGACUGCGUUAGGUAGCUGGCGACGAGAUGUUCGGAGGACUCGUCGCGAGAUCAAAGAGCAAUAUGAUUUUCUCCAAUUGUACGCGCAACUUCGCCGAGAGCUCGAAUAUAUUCAUCGCAAGAACGCAACGGCGAUAAGUGAUCAUUGAUGAACGGACCGACGAAUCCGUCAACACUCGAUAACAUUCGAUACACACGAUUAAACAGCGCAAUUCGUAUCAGAUUCCGGAAGCUGGUUGUUCUCUCUCUAUCUAUCUAUCAUUUUCCUUUUACGUGUUAUUUUAAUCCGCGUUGAAUUUUAUACUAGUGCCUUUUUGUGAGAUCAUUGUUUUUCUUUUUUCCACCAUUAUCAUCGUCACGUAUUGCUCGACUCGAAUCGUCGCCAACAAGAAGAUCUUUCUUUCAGUUUGUUAGCUUUUAAUUUGACACUCUGAUUUCACGAGAUACAAUUCGUUCGGGUUUAUAUGUAAGACGGCUGAGAGAUCGCGAUCAAGUUUCAACGAUCUCGAAUAUUUUAACGUGCCUGUAACGUGUUCUAACAAAAGUAGCAGUUUUAUCCAAAAGAACUUGUGUCACACAGACGCUGAAGAAAUCACGUGAUGUAUUAUAUACGCUAUAUUUUAAAUUUUUCCGAAAAAAAUGUCUAGUGUCAAAUUAAAGGUUCAACUGUAUUCGCGCUCGAGAAAGUGUGCUUCCUGUUACUUUCACGAAUAUAUAUAUAUAUAAUCUCGGAUUUUUUUUAGAUCUAUAAUUCGCGACAGGAUUCUGUUUGAAUUCUGUUCUUGCGUCGUAUAAUGCAGAAACCAUUCGAUGGAAAUCAGUUAUAUUUAUAACUGUACAAUACAAAUGUCUUCGAGUGUUUUUUCCAUUACACAGCAUGUAAAAUUGUAAAUAGUAUUCCGUUCCGAAUUAUAGAUCGUCUCAAGCGCGUUUUAUCCUUGAUAUAGAUAUACUUAAUUAUUGUAAGGUGUUUACUAUGCACACCGCAUACCACAUACACGCACACAACCCCUUGAUAAUCUCGGUCUCGAAGACGUGGUGAUAAUAAAAGUACGGCACAAUGAAUGGCAUUGUGGCAUAUCCCGAUCAUGUUCAUCAAUAGUUCAUCAAUAUGCGGUAACCGAUCGUUAGUGGAGUUGCCGCUAUAGUAGUUCGACUUGAAGAUCGCUAGCGUUUUCGCAAUUAUAGCCUAGUUCAUAAGGGAGAACGAGAAUCGAUUAUUACCAAACUGUUGAUACCCACUUUUGUUCGUUGUGCUCUGAUAGAUCUAUCCGCGGUUUGGUUGGACGUUUCUUUCCUCCCCUCCCUUUCUCUCCCGGCGCAUAUACACAUAUAAGCAUAAAUGAUUUGUCUCGAUUUGAUCAACGAGCAAGUCGUAAUCCAAAGUAAUAUCACAAAGUAUCAUUGAUUACCGAAGAAAACCGCGCCGAUUAAUUUCGUUGAUCCCCCCCGUCAUAGAUUUUAAGCAACUUAGGCCUGAGAAAGAAGAGAGCACCGUUGCCUGUAAUAGUAGUAAGAACGGAUUGAACGAGCGAUCGAACCAUCAUUUUGUCGCUGUGCGAAGUGAUGUAUCAUCACGACGUACAAUCUCCCCUCUCUCUCGACAGGCUAUCAUUCGCGUCGCAAUAAUAAUAACAAAAUUAUUAUGUUGCACUUGUUAGCCAAGUUGUACUAUAAAGGAAGGAAUAUAGCUGAUUAAGACCUAUUUCUCUGCCCUUCUAAUCCAAAAGGGCGUAUCUUCAGUUUUCAUGUUCUCAGUAUUAAAGAUUUUGUAAAUCGGUCGGAAUAAAUAAUAUGAAAUAAUUAA